AUGGGACAAGAUAUUAGUCAAAUUGAUUCGACAGAUAUUCAGAAGAUGCUGCAUAAAUUUGGCAAACUUGAUGAAGAUAAAAGUGGAGCAUUAUCGGCCAAUGAAUUCAUGCGAAUACCAGAAUUAACAUCAAAUCCACUAGUCGAACGAGUUAUCGAUAUAUUCGAUAGUGAUGGCAAUGGCGAGGUGGAUUUCACUGAAUUUAUACGUGGUGCGUUUGAAUAUCGAAUUGAAUUGUUCUCCGAGAUAGUUUUUUUUCUUCAUUUCGCAUCAGGUAUGAAUAGUUUUGCUUCAAAAGGUGAUACUCAACAUAAACUACGCUUCGCUUUCGAUAUUUACGAUAUCGAUAAGGAUGGUUACAUAACUAAUGCUGAACUUUUUCAUGUCUUGAAAAUGAUGGUUGGAAAUAAUCUCCUAGAUGAUCAAUUACAACAAGUAGUCGACAAAACGAUCAUUUAUUCGGAUAAAGAUGGUGAUCAACGGAUAUCAUUUAAAGAAUUUUGUGAUGCAAUAGGACCAAGUCUUCGCGAAGAUAUCGUCAAUCAUUUGAAUAAAAUAACUAGUGACGAAUAA